GUUGGGAAGACAUCACUGAUCAUGUCUCUGGUUAGUGAAGAAUUCCCAGAAGAGGUCCCUCCACGGGCAGAAGAGAUCACCAUUCCAGCUGAUGUUACACCUGAGAGAGUUCCAACACACAUAGUCGAUUACUCAGAAGCAGAACAAAGUGAUGAACAGCUUCAUCAUGAGAUCUCCCAGGCAAAUGUUAUCUGCAUAGUCUAUGCUGUUAACAACAAGCAUUCCAUUGAUAAGGUAACAAGCCGGUGGAUUCCUCUUAUCAAUGAACGAACAGACAAAGACAGCAGGCUGCCUUUGAUAUUGGUUGGGAACAAAUCGGAUCUGGUGGAAUAUAGCAGUAUGGAAACCAUUCUUCCCAUCAUGAACCAGUACACAGAAAUAGAGACCUGUGUGGAGUGUUCAGCAAAAAACUUGAAGAACAUAUCAGAGCUAUUUUAUUAUGCACAGAAAGCUGUUCUACAUCCUACAGGGCCCCUGUACUGUCCAGAAGAAAAAGAGAUGAAACCGGCUUGUAUAAAAGCUCUGACACGGAUCUUCAAGAUAUCUGACCAGGACAAUGAUGGCACACUCAAUGAUGCUGAGCUCAACUUCUUUCAGAGAAUUUGUUUUAACACUCCAUUAGCUCCUCAAGCACUGGAAGAUGUUAAGAACGUAGUCAGGAAAAAUCUAAGUGAUGGAGUGGCUGACAGUGGACUGACCCUAAAAGGUUUCCUUUUUCUACAUACACUUUUUAUCCAGAGAGGGAGACAUGAAACUACUUGGACAGUGCUUCGUAGAUUUGGUUACGAUGAUGAUCUGGAGCUUACACCUGAAUAUUUAUUCCCUUUACUAAAGAUACCUCCUGACUGCACCACUGAAUUAAAUCAUCAUGCAUAUUUAUUUCUCCAAAGCAUUUUUGACAAGCAUGAUUUGGAUAGAGACUGUGCUUUAUCACCUGAUGAGCUUAAAGAUUUAUUCAAAGUCUUCCCUUAUAUGCCUUGGGGGCCUGAUGUAAACAACACAGUUUGUACAAAUGAAAGAGGAUGGAUCACCUAUCAGGGAUUUCUUUCACAGUGGACGCUUACAACCUAUUUGGAUGUACAGCGAUGCCUGGAGUAUUUGGGCUAUCUAGGCUACUCAAUAUUGACUGAACAGGAGUCUCAAGCUUCUGCCAUCACGGUAACAAGAGAUAAAAAGAUAGAUCUUCAAAAGAAGCAGACUCAAAGAAAUGUGUUUAGAUGUAAUGUUAUUGGGAUGAAAGGUUGUGGGAAGAGUGGAGUUCUUCAGGCUCUACUUGGAAGAAACUUAAUGAGGCAAAAGCACAUUCGUGAUGACCAUAAAUCUUAUUAUGCAAUUAAUACUGUUUAUGUAUAUGGACAAGAGAAAUACUUGUUGUUGCAUGAUAUCUCUGAAUCUGAAUUCUUAACCGAGGCAGAGAUCAUAUGUGAUGCUGUAUGCCUGGUGUAUGAUGUCAGUAAUCCCAAGUCCUUUGAAUAUUGUGCCAGGAUUUUUAAGCAACACUUCAUGGACAGUAGAAUACCCUGCUUAAUUGUAGCUGCAAAGUCAGACCUACAUGAAAUUCGACAAGAGUAUAGCAUUUCACCCAGUGACUUCUGCAGGAAACACAAAAUGCCUCCACCACAAGCCUUCACUUGCAAUACUGCUGAUGCACCGAGUAAGGAUAUCUUUGUUAAGUUGACAACAAUGGCCAUGUAUCCCCAUGCCCGGUUACGCUGUCUGUGCACCUGCAACAGGUGCACAUUCUGCAUCUGUCAGAGCUUCCUCAACUCAGACUUGCUGCAAUCUGUAAAGAACAAACUCUUCACGGCAGUUCUUACCAGGUUAAGAGCCCAGGUAGCUGAGUGGGGUGCCACGCUGUUAGCAGACGAUGAAGGCAGUAUUGUUCACCAGGUGCACGCUGUCAGCUCCGUAGAAAAUUCCAUCUUCAUGGAGUCAUCUCACGGUCCACUUUUUCUUGAAGCCAGGCACGUGACGCAAGCCGACCUCAAGAGCUCCACGUUUUGGCUUCGAGCAAGUUUUGGUGCUACAGUGUUUGCAGUUUUGGGGUUUGCCAUGUAUAAAGCAUUGUUGAAACAGCGAUGAUUUAAACAAGUAUAAUACCGGCCCUACCAAAAACCGAUACUUUUAUGUACAUUCUGAAUGCUUUAAAUUCUGCUAGAAAUGUUGAGAUAUUUAUAUAUGCAGAGUUACUUUAUUAAUAUUUGUAAUUCUUGCAUAAGAGUAUUUUAAGAUAGCAAUGACUGCAGUAUUGGCUAGUGUAUGCAAAAGAAAACUCUACUUACUGGCCACAGAAAGGUGGCCGUGCUGCAGAGGCCAAAAGGGAAUGUUCUGUAAAUAAUGUACAUAUUCAGGCAGCAAGAUAUGUGGCUUCCCGAGAAAACUGAGUUAUGGAAAUGCUGUCCAUAGAUGUUUCCACAUAGCAUCAUAUUAGUUAGUGUUUAAUUGGAACUCACUAUCAUAGAUUUUAGUUCAACUCAAUUGUACUUGCUCAUGGAUUACUUAUUUAUUUGACAUUCAUUUGAAAUGAUGCUUUGGGGGUGGGGUGGGAGGGGGCCCUAAGCUAUAUGAGGCACAGUUCACAAUUGUCUCUCCAUGGAGGGUAGGCAUCAGUUUUCCAAUAGAGUUUUGUUUCAUUUCGAGGACAGCUUCACUCUGGCACACCAGCCACCGAGGCUUGGUACAAUCUCUGACGUGCACAGCUGGACGUGAGGCUCCCCUUUGAGGGUGGAGCGAAACUUUCACAAAGUCACAUAGCAAAAGAAUCAAUGUAAUUGUUGUGUAUUCCUUAAUUUUUGAACAUGUUGUAUUUUUUAAGCCCUUUCAGAUCACACAGGGGAGGAACCAAUUUAUACAUUAUGAAUGUUUCUAGUUCAAAAGACCAUUACUGUUUAAUUUCCUCCAACUGUAAAUCAUCGUGUCCUCGCUGUAUCCGUGGUGCCAAGGGGGUGCACAGUUCUUGCUCUGUUGUAGAAUAUCACAGUAGCCGCAUGCUUUCUGAUGUGUUCUAUACCUGGUUAGAACUCCCUGUAGACAGCAACUUUUUUAAAUGAAAGAAUAAAUCUAAUGAAUCCAAACCCUCACGAUAAACUUAUUUUUUUCAUCAUCAACCUUUUAAAGUAUUUCAAUAAAUAACUAAUGUGUA